GUGCGCUGUGUCCCUAGGACACAGCGGAUCACCGAUCCACGGAAAGAGCCGAAGAUGUCGGCUCGGUCAUGUGAUCAGCUGUGUCCAAUCACAGCUGCUCACAUGGCACUGAUGAUCAGUGUAGCCCCAGCAGUGCCACCUGUCAGUGUCCAUCAGUGUCUUGUGUCAGUGCUCAUCAGUGCCACGUGCCAGUGCCCAUCAGUGCCGCAUCAAUGCCACAUAUCAGUGCCCAUCUGACCUGCCUUUCAGUGUCACCCAUCAGUGCCAGUCAGUACCACCUAUUAAUGCCAAUCAGUGCCACCUAUCAGUGCUGCCAAUCAGUGCCGCCUAUCAGUGCCAGUCAGUGCCGUCUAUCAGUGCCCGUCAGUG